AUGGAAGAUUUAUCAAUUUUUUAUGAAACAGACUUUUCUACAUCUCAGCGGGACCUUUGCCCAAGGUGUGGUCUUCACGUUAACAUCUGUGCCUGCCAUAUAGUGAAGGAGCAAUACAACAAUUCGAUUCAAAUUGUGAUAUUGCAAGACCCUCGCGAGGCUAAGACCAAAGUGAACACAGUCAAGCUCAUUACAAAUUUAUUUCAAAACGUUCAAAUUUACAAACGAAACCUCCCCGAAACCCUAAACCGGAAGAUUGCUGCAAACAAAGAAAAUUAUGCUGUUUUAUAUCCAUCAAAAGUUGCCAAACCAAUUGACUCAGGUGAUGACAUUACAUUCACAAAAAAGUACACAACAAUUAUAAUCGUUGACGGGACUUGGGAACAAGCGAAGUCGGUGUACAACAGAAAUGCUAUUCUUUCCCAAAUUGAUAACCUGAUCUUAGUGAACGGCGAGAAGUAUUGUCGCUAUAAAACAGUUCGAAAAGAAAUAGAUGGAGGGAUGUCAACGUUCGAAGCCACAGCAACAACACUUUCUUUGAUUCUGAACGACCCUUUUCUUAUCACGGAGCGCGAUCGGAUCAUGGACGAGUUCAUCACGAUGAGGACGCGCUUCUUCAAGUGA